AUGACAAUGGCCAACUUCCCGCUUGAAUUGGCUCCUGGAGCAUGUCUGAGCUGCAGGCAGCAGAAGCAGCGGUGUGAUAGGGUCAUCCCUAGCUGUUCCCGCUGCGCGGCGAGAGUCGUCAAGUGUACAUACCCUGCGAGAGAUCAGGCUGCUUUGCGCCAACUUGCGUCAGUCUCCCAGUUUGCCGCGGAUACAUUGGUUGUCUUGCGAGGCCUUUGCCCACUUGACUUGUCCCCUGCUGGCGAGCGCGCCCUGCUCUGGGCAGCGUGCGCGAGAAAUAGCACCUUUGCUGAUGAUGGAGACGUACCGCAAGCAUCUUUGUCUCUUACAAUCAAUGAAAUCUUCGAUUCAGCUGGUGUUCACGUAGUGGGCACCGUGAGAAGCUACUUCGACAUCGCCCAUCAUUGGCUGCCAAUUCUGGACCGGGACAAUGUCCUCACGAGGACGGACAAUUUUGUUUCCCAAAAGGCUUCUUGCACUGUCGAAGAAGAUGCUUUUGCUCUCAUGAUAGUCUGCAUGUACCUCUUCAUCACUCCGCCGUGCCAACACGCAAAUAACCCAGUACGACAUACUUUGUAUCGAACGGUCAAAAGCCUUUUAUCUAUUCUCCAAGCCUCAUCAGACACCACAGCACAGGUCCUUCUAAUGCAGUCCGGGGUAAUAAUCGCAACGCAUGAGAUUGGACAUGGCAUGAGCAAGGAUGCCUAUGAGACAUUGAUCGCCUGCCGGAGCCUUCUUCAGCGCAUCAACCUGAAUGACCACAUAACCAAAUCCGCUAGCCAAACAGGCCGACAGCUCUCCUUUCACCGCUUGCAGCUAGAUUUAUGCUUGAGUGCGAUAAUUCUCCUCGAUAUGACCGUUGUGCUAUCAACUAUUGACCAUGACUUUCCGCAACUGGUCCACCCAAGCGAGGUGCCGCAAGACUCUCUACUCCACAGAGCCUCGAAUGAUGACAUGUAUGGCGAAGAUGCUGUUCGUAAUCUACUUGCCCGAGCACAACAUGCCCUGCGCCUCGGUGACAUGUUAAGGUCCAUAGGAUCCUCUACCGACUUGGCACAAUGCGAGGCUAUCGAAAAGACGAUAUACGGCCAAAUUGGCAGUUACGUCUCCAAGACCCAAGGAGGGCGGUUUCCCCUCUGCGAAGCUGUUGCCAUGUCGCUUAGUACCUUGAUGAUUCUGUACCGGAAAACAAACUAUCUCAAGUCAGCCACAGGCGAUGCAAAGUCAAACAUAGCGGCCACGUGCGCAUACAAUUUGAUCAUUGACACCUGCCGAGUCGAGAGCGAGCUGCUUCAAAGACACGGCUGGCACAACAAUAGACGGCCUUGCUUUUUGGGGUUGUGUUGUUUGCUGGCUGCCUCUGUCCACCUUGAUCAUCUCUGCCCAAAUGGCUUAAAGAAUGGGGAUGCGCAACAUCUCAGGCACGCGCUGACGGGUUUUUCUUCUAGGUGGAAGCUUGGAGUUACAUGUGUCUUGCACUUCAACGACGCCGAAAAUGGAUUUCUGCUAUACCUAGUGGCCGGUGCCCAAAACCUAGAGUGUAAUGAAGGAGAGGACGAUGAUGGGCGGACUUUUGGGUCAGUCGCACUCGGAUGUCAUAAGUGGGCCUGA